CAAUAUUAAGACUAUCCUGGCCACUCAAGUAUUUGCAUUUGAAUGGAAGAGUUAAUUGGUGAAACUUGAAAGUGUUAAUUAUCUUUAUAAAUACAGCUUAAUCUAGCACCUUACAAGAAACUUGUCUCAGGUAAUAUUUUUUCUCCAAAAGCAUGGAUCAAAACGGAGACAUACCGGAUAGUCCUUUUAGCUUCAUCUGGCUACUAUUUGGAGACGACUGGCAUCUAUGGGACACUUACCCAACAGUUGACGCUGAUGCCAUCUCUCCAGAUCCAACUGUUGAUGUGAACCGUGAUAGUCCGACGAUAGAGUCCGGUUCACUUAUAAGGACAGUUAGUUGGGAAGAUUCGUUCGAGCACUACUUCUUACAGUCAUCGAUCAAUGAACCAUCUGAAACAGCAUCACAAGAAGAGUAUGCAAGUGUAUAUUCUCAUGAAGACACCUUCACAUACCAGGAAGAAACGGUCGAGCAGUCCUGGGCCUCUUGGUUACAGUCAUCGACCAAUGAACAAUCUGAAACAGCAUCACAAGAAGAGUAUACAAAUGUAUCUUCUCAUGAAGACACCUUCACAUAUGAGGAAGAAACGCUCGAGCAGCACUGGACCAACUGGUUACAGACAUUGACCAAUGAACAAUCUGAAAGAGCACCACAAGAAGAGUAUACAAAUGUAUAUUCUCAUGAAAACACCUUCACAUACGAGGAACUAUUGAACCUCACUGAACAAGCAGGAAAUGUAGGCACUGGUUUAACCGUGGAAGUCAUUGAUGAGAAUCUAAGAAGAAGGAAGUAUGAAAAGCGUAGUGACGAUGAAACGGAGAUAUGUGUGAUCUGUCAGGAGAAAUUGGAGGACAAUGAAGAAGCUUCGAAACUGGGAUGUGGGCAUGACUUUCACUUCGAGUGCAUCAAGCAGUGGCUGAUGGUCAAGAACAUGUGUCCUCUUUGCAAUCAAGAAGUCGUUUAAAUGUUUUAUCAAGUUGGAAAGAUUCCAUUUAUUUAGAUGUCAAGUUGGAUUUUUGACUUGAUUUCUUAUUACCAUUAGAACUAUUUUGCUAUGAACCAUUAUUAUUUUAAUUACCAUUAUUUCCCUUUUUAUCAAGUUUGAAAGAUUCCAUUUAUUUAGAU